ACAAACAUUCACUCAUUUUAUCAUGUUUUAUCUACAGUAGACAUUUAUUAAGGAUAAAGCGGUCAAGGGUAUGACCUUUGAGACUGUUUGAAGAACCGUUCUGUUCUGAAAAGAGUAAGCCAGACGGAAAGCGGCGUUUUAUUGUGUUCCAGCUCAUGAAAAAGUCACACACAGGUCUUCUCAGAUAACCUGCCAAUGUCCUAAUCAUGUCUUUGUUGCUCUUGGGUGAUUAUCUCAAUCAUACCGUGAAUUACACCCCCUGUUAUUGGUCAUGUGACCUGCACACAAAGGGUCCAGUCUUCUUCGCUUGGUCCAACUUAUUGGUUUUCAGACAAAAAGAAAACAACAGCACGAUUGUAAAGAUAAGACUUGGGGAUAAUUAACAGCAAAUCCAGACUCAACAAACAAGAAGAAGGGGAGAGGUUUGCUGGUGUGAAGUUGAAUGAUUUCUUUGAGUGUGUGUGGUUGUGAGGCCCGUUAUAUAUUAAAUCGAAAAGGCGAGCCAUCCCAGUGACAUUAAGUCCAACCAUGAGUCCAUACGUCUUCUCGAUCUCUGUGAUUUUGUGGCUGGUAAUGGCUGUGGAGAUCUCCACCUUGGAGAGCCAGCAGAUUCUCCAAGCCUUGCACUGUCCGCCCUGCGAACGCAUCCAUUGUUCGCCUCGUCGAGCGCUGAAGCUCCAGUGUCAGGGUGGAAUUACCACUGGGAUUUGCGGUUGUUGUCCAGCCUGUGCAAAACUCGCGGGAGAAAGCUGUGGAGGCACCUGGGACUACUUGGGGAAGUGCGACGAAGGGCUGAUUUGCAUUUACCCAGAAGAAAAAGAUGGAAACCCAGAUGGAAAACCAGAGGCAGGACGCAAGGGAACCUGCAAAUCAGUGCUGGAGGUUCUCAAAGCCGACACUUGCAGACCUGAGUGCACAUGGGAGUUCUGCAAGGUCAAUCCCAAUGAGAUAUGCUCAGCCAGGUCUGUAUCGCUGGAAAGGCGUGAUUGUGGAGGUCACUGCCAGCACACAACCUGCUCCAGCUGCCUGGUUGUCAGACCUCCAGCUUGUCCUCAAUCCUGUGCCCCAACAGACCACGUGUGUCUGCACCGCUUCGGGAGGUGUGUACGAGGACACCUGACCGAACAAAACCAACCACCCGUCUGUCACCAGAACCUACAGAACAACUCUGAGGGAUUCUUCGUGUGUUUGGCUCCUGCCUGUCCAACUGCAGCUAAGCAAACUGAUUCUACAUCCUAAGAGCAAUUCAAAUAAUGUAAUUCAGUUAUAAAAUGUAGCAUAAACGGCAGCU